GCCCGCCCCCGCCCCACGUACAUGCCCACGCGCCCGCCUUCUCGCUCUCCCCAGCAACCCCUGACGUCCCCCGGGAGCGUCAGCUCCUCCCGAGACUCCAGCGUGCCCGGCUCACCCUCCAGCAUCGUGGCCAAGAUGGCCAAUCAGGUGCUAGGCUAUAAGGACCUGGCUGCCAUCCCCAAGGACAAGGCCAUCCUGGACAUUGAGCGGCCUGAUCUCAUGAUCUACGAGCCUCACUUUACCUAUUCCCUCCUGGAACACGUGGAGCUGCCCAGAAGCCGGGAGCGCUCACUGUCACCCAAAUCCACAUCCCCCCCACCAUCCCCAGAGGUGUGGACGGAGAGCAAGUCCCCUGGAAUCAUCUCUCAGGCUUCAGCCCUGAGAACCACCGGCACACCCCGGACCAGCCUGCCCCAUUUCCACCAUCCUGAGACCACCCGCCCAGAUUCCAACAUCUAUAAGAAGCCACCCAUCUAUAAGCAGAGAGAGUCCAUGGGAGGCAGCCCCCAGAGCAAGCACCUCAUCGAGGACCUCAUCAUUGAGUCGUCCAAGUUCCCCGCGGCCCAACCCCCGGACCCUAACCAGCCAGCCAAGAUCGAAACGGACUACUGGCCCUGCCCCCCAUCACUGGCCGUUGUGGAGACAGAAUGGAGGAAGCGGAAGGCAUCUCGGAGGGGCGUGGAGGAGGAGGAGGAGGAGGAGGAAGAAGAUGACUCAGGAGAGGAGAUGAAGGCUCUCAGGGAGCGUCAGAAAGAGGAACUCAGUAAGGUUACUUCCAACUUGGGAAAAAUGAUCUUGAAAGAAGAGAUGGAAAAGUCGUUGCCCAUCCGGAGAAAAACCCGUUCCCUGCCUGACCGGACACCCUUCCAUACCUCCUUGCACACCGGAACGUCCAAGUCAUCUUCUCUCCCUGCCUAUGGCAGGACCACCCUGAGCCGGCUACAGUCCACAGACUUCAGCCCAUCGGGGAGUGAGACUGGGAGCCCAGGUCUGCAGAACGGAGAGGGCCAGAGGGGGAGGAUGGACCGGGGGACCUCCCUGCCCUGUGUGCUGGAGCAGAAGAUCUAUCCCUAUGAAAUGCUGGUGGUGACCAACAAGGGACGAACCAAGCUGCCUCCAGGUGUGGACCGGAUGAGGCUUGAGAGGCAUCUAUCCGCCGAGGACUUCUCAAGGGUAUUUGCCAUGUCUCCAGAAGAGUUUAGCAAGCUGGCUCUUUGGAAGAGGAAUGAACUGAAGAAGAAGGCCUCUCUUUUCUGAUCGCCCCUGCCCGUGACUGCCCCCUCACCCUGCUGCUUCAGGGCUCUGGAGCUGGAGUCACAGACCCCAAAGCCUCCGCUUCCCCUGGCGGGCUGGGAGCGGUGGGAAGUGGGCCGGAAGUGGGGUGCGCUCGGAUCCUCAUGUGGAAGGGGAGCCAAGGUCUCUGCAGUCCGGUGGGGCAGAGACUUUCUUUCCAUACUGGGCCUGGGGGCCUCCUUCUCUCAUCCCUGGUCUUCACUGCACAGGGCAAACCCAGUCUGGACUCCAGCACACACAGAGUUAAUGUUUGCACCCUCUUCCUGUCCCUCACCCCAAUGGGAAGGUCCCCAGGAGAGGGUGAGGGGAAAGGGAGGGGACUGGCGGUCAGCCAGUCUGACCAGUCUGCUGUCUCCGAGGAUGGGUGGAAGGAGGCUGGGGUGGGAAGCGCCAGGCAGGGAGAGCUCCAGGACCCUGUGCACACCCGAGCACUCCUCCUCUACCCGCUUCUGACAGCCUCUCUGCACCUAGGCCUUCUGCUUCAGGAGCAGGCUGCAGCUCGACCUUCAGCAGGGAGGUCACCUGCCCUCCAGCUUGCCCUGUCCUCUACUUGCGACCUGCAAGCUUCAAAGCCUCUUGCUCCAGCCCCGUGGCUUCCCCGGAAGCCUUGGCUUUGAGUGGAGAUGCCGCCUAUACAAAGCCCUAGCCAGCACCUGCCUCCAGGCAAAGCCAGCUGGAAUUCUACCUUCUCGCACCAACCCAGGUACCGGGCAGAGCCCAGGCCUUCAGUGUCCCUUGGAUGGGAUCAAGAGGCCAGGCUUGGGACAUUUCUGAGCGUCCCGGCUGACAGAUCCCACCAUCCCCAUGCAUCCCUCACUAUGCUCUCUAAAGAAUGUAAUUUAUUGGAGUGCCCCCAGCUGCUUUCCUCACCUCUCUGCCCUACCUUGAUCACACUCCCAGCUUUACUCCUCUCUGAAUACAUAUGUGUACAUAAUUACAUAUAUAUUUUUGCCAGGUCCGGGUUUUGUUUCUGCCCAGACCCUGGCACCCCUUUCCACUGUGUGUGUGAUAAUGCUGGGGGAGGUGGACUCUGCUUGGAAUUAAAAGUUUGCAUUGGGUCCCUAAA